AUGCUUCAGCAGGUUUUCCGUCUGGAGCCGGAGAACGUCACCAUUCUCGAAGGGGAGACAGCGCUGCUGAAGUGUGAGGUGGAGAACCCCUCUGGCAUUGUGCAAUGGGUGAAGGACGGGCUUUUACUGGGCCCCAACUGGAGCAUCCCUCGGUUCCCCCGUUACAGCAUGAUGGGUGAGGCUAGCAAAGGGAUAUAUAACCUGCAAGUAAUAAACAGCCAGCUGGAAGAUGAUGCCUUGUAUGAAUGCCAGGUUGGACCCACAGAGAAAAGCACUGGCAUAAUUUCCCGUGGAGUGCAACUGACAGUGCUUGUUCCCCCCAAAAGGCCACUUUUUGUAGAGUACGAGGCUAACAGCAUGGUGACUUGGAUUGCUGGCACUGAAUACACCCUGCACUGCCAAGUGCAGGAUGCUCGACCACCAGCUGAGAUCACUUUCUGCAAAGCUGACAAAGAACUGGCAGAUGUGACAUCUACUAUCCAGCCUGGCUCUGCAGCCAAACUCUUCAGCACUGAGGCCAUGCUGAGGUUCACCCCUCAGAGUUCAGACAACAAGGAACUGCUGACCUGCAGAGCUGCUAACUCAGUGACUUUAAUACCAGUCAUUGUCAGCUUCACGAUGAACAUCCUGUUCCCACCUCAGCUGCCUGUAAUCAAGGGCUACACUGGAGCUGUUGUAAAAAACAAGGAACUGAAACUGACUUGCAUUUCUCCAAGUGGGAAUCCUCUUGCUACACUGCAGUGGCUGAAGAAUGAUGAAGUCAUCUCUAGGAAUUGGGAGACAAACGAUGCCAACCAAUUAUCCCAAAGUUCCUUGAGCCUUAAAAUCGCACCGGAUGACAACAUGGCUGUAGUGAGCUGUCAGGCCCUGAACCAAGUUUUAUCUCUGCCCUUGCAAUCCAGCAUUGUUCUGAAAGUGACCUUUCCUCCAGAGCAUGUGAAAAUCAUAGGCUCCAGCAGCACUGAAGAAAACCAAGAGAUCUUCCUGACCUGUUCCACUUCCACAAGCAAUCCGCCUGUGAUGCUACGUUGGUGGCUGGGAUGGAGGGAGCUCAACGCUACCGAAAUUGCCAUUUCAGAGGCAGAGUUUGGAGGAAUGGUCACUGAGUCCAAUCUGACGUAUAUAGCAUAUCGAGAGGACAAUGAUCUGCCCUUGAUCUGUGAGGCCUUCAACGAAGCCAUCAUGUAUACCAAGAGUGCUUCUGUUACUCUCAGAGUGACAUACCCACCUCAGAACAUCUGGCUUAAUGUGCCUCCACCGGAGACAUAUUUUCGAGCUGGCACUGAAAUCAAACUCAUUUGUUUUGCCAGUGGUGGGAAACCUUUGCCUCGUCUUGAGUGGUACAAGGUACAAAAGCACUUUAACCUCCUCUUCUCCUUGGUGGUCCAUGAGACCACAGUAACAUGCACGCUUGCUGGAGGAAUUCGAGUACAGCUGCAGCAAUCUCAUCAGAGUGGACUUUUGAAGCCUUGUCCAGGCAAGCAAGAUAUCAAGUUAGUAAGGGAAGGAACAUCUUCAGCCUCAUCCGGGAAUAUUAUUUCCAAGGAGUUGGUCUUGACUACUACUCCCAGUGACAACAUGGCAACCUACCGUUGCAAUGCCACAGGUCCUCCCAAGACUCCUGCACUCACUGCAUAUACUAGUUUGCUGGUCCAGUACCCGCCUCUGCAUGCAACCAUUACAGUGACAGCUGAAAAGGUGAGACGUGGCCAAUCGGUGACACUGACCUGCAAAUCAGGCAGCAGCAACCCUCCUGCUCGUCUCACUUGGCUCAAAGAUGGAAAAAGGCUGGAUGCCAUUAAUUUAGGGCAAAGGAAAGCAGAAUAUGGAGGCUUCUCCACUUCAGAAAGGGUGACUCUGGUGAUGUCAUCUGCAGAUCAUGGGGAAAGGGUGGGAUGCUAUGCCUACAGCUCCGUUCUCUCGGAAGGUGUGAAUACCUUCUACCAGCUUACAGUCCUAUUUCCUCCAGAGUUCUCCCCUGAGCAGACCCACCUAGUGAAAGCCGUGGAGCAUGGGUCUUCCCAGUUGCCCCUUUUGGUUUCUGCCAGUCCUCCUGAGAUUACCUAUCGCUGGAGUUUCCUUGGAGAGAUGAUCUUAACAGAGGGUUCCCCACGGUACCACUUGCGGGAUGGUGGAUCUCUGGAGAUCUGGAAUGUGACUCGAGCUGAUGCCGGCAAAUACAGGAUCCACUGUGAGAAUGCAGAAGGACAAAAUGAAACAACCAUCACUCUAGACGUGCACUAUUCACCAUCCAUCCGCAGCAUUGCAGAUCCAACGUACGUGGACCUGGGGGACACAGCUGAAAUUGUGUGCCAGGCUGAUGCCAACCCCAUACCAAAUUUCCAGUGGACGUGGCUGGGUGAUUUGGAGCGCAGCCUGGAAGAUUUGGGCCUUGAACUAUUGUCUGAAGGAUUGGUGGGCACCCUGCGGGUCCAGGGAGCCCAACGAACACAUGCUGGACUAUAUGAGUGUCAAGUAGAUAAUGACAUCUCCCCAGCAGCCAAGAGCAGUGCUCGUUUGAUUGUGCGAUACCCACCAGAAAUCAUCAAGGGCCCUGGGCAGAGGAAAGUGGCAGCUUCGGGUGAUGGAAGAAGCCACGCUGUGCUUCAGUGCAGUGCUCAGGGUGUGCCCGGGGUGCUCUUCAGCUGGGCCAAGAACGGGGUCUCCCUCGAUCUCCAGAGCCCCAGGUAUAGUGUGGUCACAAGCUAUGAGGAUUCUUUACACACCAGCACUUUAACCAUUGCCAAUGUCAGCGCAAUGCUUGACUAUGCCAUCUUCACCUGCACAGCCAACAAUGAUCUGGGCACAGAUGCUCUUGAUAUUCAGCUACUUAGCACCAGUCGUCCUGACCCACCAACGGGGUUCAAGGUUAUCAGUGUAGCUCAUAAUUGGUUGGCUUUGGAAUGGACCCCAGGUUUUGAUGGAGGGCUCCAGCAAAGCUUUCGUGUCAGAUAUCAUUGGCCCGGGGCUCCCAGCUUUCUGUACGUGGAUGUCUUUCCACCACAAUCUCCAACUUUUACACUGACUGGACUGCAGCCAAACACCCCCUAUAAUGUCUCUGUCAAUGCACGCAAUGCUCUUGGAGAGAGUGAUUUUGCAGAUGAAGGUGCAGGGCUGAGCAUCACCACAGAAGAAAGCUCCAUGUUGCCACUUCCCCUUGUUGUGCUCCUCGGUGGUCUAGGAGGGUUUCUGAUAGUUUCCAACUUGUUUUUGCUUGGCUGCUUAAUCUUCAGAAAGAGAGCUCUGGCUCCCAAAGGAGAUGGGAUUGAAAGAUCAACCAGGGGGAAAGUGAGAUUUGGGAACAGCUACACGAUGAGCAAAUGGCUGAAAGUUGGUGGGCAACCGGCACAGCUGGAGGGGUACAGUUCAGAGGGCAGUUCUACCAAGACAUCAGCCACUCUCUCUACAGCCACCACAGAUACUAGUGUUACAGAUCCCAACAUCUCACCCCCUUGGAUUGGCUCUCAAGAGCUCCAUGAAUAUGAGGAGGUAGGAGGUCCUAGGAGAUUGGAGGAAAUGGGACCACUCUAUGAUGAAUGGAAUGCCAACUAUGAACCAUGGAUCAAUGAAUAUGCACAUGCCUACCAAGGGAUUGGAAGAUGGCCAGCUGCCUCCGCAAAGACAGCACCGAUCUAUGACUCUGUGGCAAACUAUCUGCCCCUGGACACAGAGCUGCCUUUUGAGCAACAAGGGGAACUAGUCUAA